AUGCACAAAGAGCUUCCUCUACAACUACAACAACAACAACAUCAACACCAACUACUGCCGCAGCAACGGGAACAAACGAAGCGGCGGGAGCAAGAGGAGGAUCUUGUCAGUGACGACGAUUCCGAUAUCGAUGACGAACAAGAACCAUUUCCACGCUCGUCGUUACGGCAUUACCAGACGAACGGCAAUGCCUACAGCAAUGGCACCGGAAACAGCAACGAUCACUAUACACACCGGUCGAGUUCUAGGGCGGACCAGAGCAGGAGUCAGAGUCGAGCGGGAAUGGUACAGUCGAUGGGCAACAACUCUGGACCGACUUCCUCGCCGCCACCAGCCUCACAUUCAUAUAACCGACAAGAGGACAGUGGACGUGGUGAUUUGUCGGAGGAGGAGGAUUGGUCGCGGGAGGAUGCCAGGCGAGAAGGAUUCCCGCUAUACGCAUUGGAAGAGGCAGCUCACCAAAAAAGUUUCGGUAUGAAUCUCUGGAACGAGGACGAGUGGACCGACAUGUUUCUUCAUCUGGCUGGAAACCCCCUCGACAGAGUGUCGUCAGCGGUCGAGAGGAUGGACGAUACAUCAGCCGAGAAAGACCUCCGACUUGCAACCCAUGAUGAUUGGCGUGGUCACCGUCCGAUUAACAACACCAGUGUGCAGCAGCUCAACCAGGAAGACAACUAUCGGAACAGUCAUCGGCGCACCUCUUGGGAGGCUACCUAUCACACCGAUCUGGAGGAUGGCCGACUCAACAGCCGGGAUGGUCCUCGACACGAUGAUGGGCGCAAGGAUAUCCGUGCGAGCAGUAGUCGAGAAGUCGUCGGAUUCGACAUUCGGCGUGAUUCCCGUGGUGACAAGCGUAUCAGCCUUCGAGACGAUGAUCGGGCACCCAGUCGGCAAGGUAGUUAUCCAGGCGACCUGCGGUACGAUGACUUUGAAGAUGCCCAGCACGGGAGUCGGGACGUUACACGGCAUGGCGGUCUGGAGGACUAUCGAUACAACAACAGUACGAACGCCUCAUUUGACGAUCGGAGGAGCGAAAUUCAUGAUGAUUCAGAGGGAGAUCAAUACGGUGGUCUCGCAGGAUCACUCCCAAGAGGUCGAGAGGCAUCACGAUGGAAGCAUCCUCUUGAGCCCUUGGAGUCGCGUCGACAGGAUGACGCGCACGUUCCAAGGAGAUCAAGUCGCCAGGAUGACUUUGAGGACCAAUGGAGGUCAGGUGGACUGAAGGGCCGGAAGGAGGAACGCCGAGAGAGCCGAGGUAUCCAUUUGCCGAAGGAGGCGGAUUCGUCCGCCCUUCUUAAACCUCACCAUGACAAAGUCAAGCCUCCGCGUUUAAGUUUUCAGAAGCACGGAGCGAACGGCAUGGACGAAGACAACUUUCCGCCCGCUUUUGAGGGGAACGAUCAUGCUGAUGCACAUGACCGCGUUGCUGAUUCGGACGAUGAGGAGCCUGAGGAGAGCCUAUUGUCCUUGCUAAAACGUCGUCGUCGACUCUCUUGGCACUGUCCCAUUUCCCCGACAGCUUCUGGGCCCACAGCGACCAUCUCAGCGACAGCGCCAUCAUCCACCUCAACUGCGUUCGUUGCAACUACUCCGACCGCUAGCACAUCGAUCUCGACCGCCGAUCCAGGUUCAGGAGAGAACGUCGUGUGCGUGUCGACCAAAGAUUCUUGCCCGGCCUACUCGUUCACCCUAGGCCGGUACAAGGCCAAUGAGUUCGUCAUUCACUCCGCACAGCACAAAGAUGGCCCCUUCACCAACAAGAAUCGACCUCUCCCGGACUCUUGCAGGAAUGUCAUUGAUAUUCUGGAGGUGUGGAGACACGGAACAAAGACGUUCGCCGCAGUCCAAGAUCUCACCGAGAGGUUCGGGCGGUCAUGGAUAGCUCCGGAGGAUCGCGAGCGGUACCAGUUCUUCACCGAGGUCGUCCAGGAGUUCAGGCGGUUGGUGAUGGAGGAGGGGAUGGAUGACGACCAAGCGGUCAAAGAGUUGAUGGGGCAACAAGAGUGGCGGUUGAUCCCUCUCUCGAAACCGCAGACCGACAAAGAUGAAGAGUUGUCAUCUGAGGGAGAGCCGAUAGACACGGAUUCCGAUUCUGACUUUGUCGCCCAGCCUCGUUACCAACGCAACAGAUCUCCGUCCGGCAAAAGAUCCCAGUCGCGGAGGAGAUCUCAGUCUCUCAAGAGAUCCGAGUCGAGCAAGAGAUCCGAGUCGCGCAUGAGAUCCGAGUCGCGCAUGAGACCCGAGUCGCGCAUGAGAUCCGAGUCGCGCAUGAGAUCCGAGUCGCGCAAGAGAUCCGAGUCGCGCAAGAGAUCCGAGUCGAGCAAGAGAUCCGGUUCGAGCAAAAAAUCGCCGGCGAUCUCGACGGACAUGGACAUGGAUAUGGAUAUGGAUAUGGACAUGGAUAUGGACAUCGGUACAGCGGCUGCCAACCAGACUGCCGCAGAAGAGCACUCAACCUCCUCCGAUACAGAGCCCAUGGAUCAUGAGAUGCAUUCUGUCCCUGUCACACGUCCUGUUAGCAGAGGCUCUCAACGUAAACCCCGUCCUCAGUACAAGGAUAACGUCGUGGAGCCCUGGGGAGAAGUGGCGGUUAACUUCAACUUUACCUUUCCAAUACCUGAUGGCAUCGAGACGGUUCCCGACUUGUACAAAGCCUGGCAUGAAGGGUGGGGAGAUAUUCCGUCUCUUCUCCAGCUUACCAAAGAGAACGGUCCGUCAUGGAGAUCUAAGAAUCCACCAUCCUCGAAGCAGAUCUACCUUUGGUACCAUGUUCACUACAAGGUCAUCCAGGCGAUGGGCGACUUGGUUGCUAACAACUGGACUGUUGAACAAGCCAUCUUCGCGCUUGAGCGCUUGCGGGGCAAGAGAAAGUUGGCGAACUUGCACAAGGAGAUCCCUCGUCCUGGUCAUAUGAUCCUACCGAUCAUGGACAAGGGAAAGGACAAGGAAGCCCCCAAGGUGCAGUCCAACAGUGGACCGCCAGCACCAGCCGACGACAUCAACACUACUAGCAGCAGCAAAGCGGCACCUACAGCUAGACCCAACGACUCGACUUCGACCUCGACUGCCGGUAGCAGCACCGUCAACAUCAGCAGAACUGGUAGCAGUGAAACUGUAACCAGUGACCACGCAACAACAUCAACCCCCACCAUCGUUUCCUCAAGUACCACAAGUUUGACCGUCAGCCAACCCAAAUCAUCCACCGACAGCUGUACCGACAGCAGUAAGACCCCGGCCUCCGUCAGUAGUGUAUCCAUAACCAAGGACAAGUCUACCACCAGCGUCGAAGUAAACCCGAUCAACAGUAUCGUCUCCAGCAAAACCAAGUUGGCCGGGAACGAUAACAGCACUUCGAACACCAAGGACAAGACCACUAGCACCACCAAAACAAGCAUCACCAGCAACACUACCAUCGGCGGGCGCAAGUCGACAACAGACAGAAUCAGCACAUCGAGCAUCAAGGACAAGCCUACUGCCAACACCCCGCCGAGCUCUGUCAACGACACUGACGACAGCCGGUCCAAGUUGAUUAACGACUCCACCAAUGCAACCAUUGCCAAGAUCUCCAGGUUGAUGAAUGAAAGCAACGGCUUACCGAUUACCAAGGGUACGGCCACGAGUGGCUCCAGGCCGCCAAGCUCUGUCGACAACAUUGCCGUUAGCAUACCCAAGUCGGCGCCUUCCGGCAACAUCGCACCGAGUAUCAAAGACGAGAUUUUAGGCGGCCCCAAGCCAAGUCCUGUCGACAACACCACUGCCGGAGAACCCCAGUCGGCAGAUAACUGCGUUAACACACCUGGCGCCAUGGACAUGUCUACAACUAUUGUCUCGAUGAACGCCGUCAACGGCACCUCCACCAGCAAACCCAAGGCGACAACCGAGAGCAGCAUACUAUUGAGCACCAAGAGCAGGACCACCACAUUGUCUACCCCCACCGUCACCAGUGCCGUCAACAAAGCCAGGUUGACCACCGACAUAAACGGAGCGCCCAUUAUUGUAACACCAAGCACCAUCCUCACCUACACCCACAGCAGUGCCAAGAGUAUUCAGCGAGCCGUGUCUUCCUCUCGAGCGAGUUCUCGGUCGAGCAAGGAACUAUCCUCCGAAGGAUUGACUCGGAACAGCUCUGCUCCAAGCAGCAGCAGUGGUGCAUCAGCUGCUCGUUCGAGUUUUGACCGGGAUGCGACCGUCAACACUAGCAGUAUUCUCAACGACGUGACCGCUGAUACUAUCAACCGUCUCAAGACCCCGAGUGCCAACAGCGAUGCCAAAAACGUCCCAAAUGGCAUGAACGCUGGUGUUGUCCACCCACCUUACAUUGCAAACACAUACAGUCUUGACAGACCUAGGUCUGGUUCCGGAUACACUGUUGCCCCCCAAGGAUACGUGCCACGGCCAAAAGAACAGGCAGAGACCCUUCACCGCAGGAGCAGGAGCAGGAGUGGGACAGAGGUGACAGAGAUUUUGGAGUCUGGCCGAGUGGAUAGUACACAUCACGUUCUGCCUCCUCAUGGAACCAUACCGCCUCGGGCAGCCGUUCCACUGCCACCCAGCUUACAGAUCUUCGAGGCUCCGAACCCCUCCUCGCCGUCUUCCAUGCCCCUUCCGAUAGAUGAGCGAUCUGUGUAUUAUGAACAGGAGUGGUAUGACGAUGAGGAUGAGCAGCUUGAGCCACAACAGCCACUUCAUCCGGCACAACAGUACCAGCACUACCAUCGCCAGGUCCAACAGGUCCAACGGCACCACCAGCAAGAGCAACGGGAACGGGAAGAGUACCAUCAUCAACAACAGCAGCAGCAACAAUGGAACAGAUCUUUGAUGAUCGACCUCACCUAA